CUUGAACAUAGAAAAAAACAAAUGCCAGAUUAGAAAUGUCAAGUUUAGAAAAGUCAAAACAAUCUCGGAGUUUUUGGCGGGAUUUCAUCGAGUGCGGUUGGCGUCUUAUUUUAAUUAUUCUUAAAUUUGUUCAUAGUGGAUAUUGUGAAAUAAAAUUGGUGUGAUUUUGUGUUACAACCGUCUGCGCAACUGAAGAAUUAGUGGAAUCUUUAAAAUAUACGCUAUUCCGGUCAAGUGGACGUGAGAAUUUUAUUGUAGUGUUGACUACCUCACAGAAGCUUAUCGAAAAAGCCAACUCGAUAUAUUUCGUGCCAAACACUCCAAGAAGCAUUAGAAUGCGUCACACCCACAUUCUAAUGUAAAAAAAGGAAGAUUAAUACAAAAAUAAGACGAUGGCUGCAUGGCUAUGCCUUUGCCUUUCUCAAUAGAGAAGAAUAGAACUAAAAAAAAAAAAAAAAACAAAACAAUCUCACGUGUCUCACUCACUGUGAUUUAAUUUGUUUCGUACAUAAUUCGGUCGUUUUGCUAUUAUUUUUAAUUCAUGUGUGAUGGGAAAACGUAAAUACGAGAAAGAGGAUGUGGCAAAAGAAACACAGCAAGUCCCAAAUUCGGAGGGCAAUGAAGGUGGUAACACAGAACAACCUCAAACCCGACAACAAACUGAUAAUAAACGGGAGAAAAGGCCUAAAAUGGGGGGUUUUGAUGUCAAACAUUUUCGAAAAGAGUUGACCGGUAAACAGGGACAGACUAUGGUUCUCACUCAAUUUCUCCAAGCCUGCUUAAAUCCUGAUAAUGAGUGUGACUAUUUGCUGGAGUACCUCAAGUCCGGAGGCAACUCUCACGAGAUCCUCUGCCAAAUCAACGAAGACAACAAGAAGAACCUUACCCUCGCUACUCCUGCCUUCCAUCUGUUUCACCUCAUCAUUCUCAAAGUCCAGUCUUCCAUUCCACACAUGAUUGCCAUAACGGAAGAAGCUUGUAGAUACUUUCUAAAUAAUUUCAUGACAACUGUAGAAAUUAUGAUCAGUGAGAACUCUGGUCCUCGGCAUAGAAAAAUUAUACUUAAACUUCUCACUUCAAUGGUAACUCUCAAUCCAGAUCUAGGUGUCGAGGUCCUGAGUCAUGCACCUCUUUCACCCAAACAUCUACAAUAUAUAGUAGAAAAGACUAAUUACAAAGAGAAAGACAAUGUAAGGACAGCAUUUGUACACUUCAUGACUUCUUUCCUCGUUGAAGGUCAUUUGCCUCUCAUAAAAGCAUUGUUGGAAAAGCAAGGGUUGCUUGCCUUAGUAAUACCUGGACUGGUACAAGAUGAAGCCGAAGCUGUGCUUAUGUUCUUGAAUAUUUUGAACAAGAAUGUUGUAAAUAAUUCUUUUAUUUCGAAAAGUUUGAAGCUGAAAACUUUUAGUCAUCAAGUUUUGCAUAAUAUUUUUAAACUCUUUGCGUGGAAAGGACCCCCAGAAUUAAACCAAGAAGCCCGAAAUGAGAUGCGUCCUGAAAUAACAAAACUUUUGUCAGAUAUUAUUCUUACCUUGUUUACUUCACAUAAAUUGGGAAUUUAUUUUGUAGACAGUAAUUUUGGAACAUCUGAUGUAAAUAAAAAUUUAAAUUUAUAUAAGGCAUUGUUAACUUUAAAAAGGCCUUGGGAAAAUGAAGUUGAAUGUGACACAAUACUACAAAUUGUUAACAGAUGUCCGGACUUACAUAGAGCUAUAAUGAAUAUUGUAGAACAGAGUUUUGAGCCUCAACACUCUCCCAUUUGGAAAGCAACUGUAGAGUUUACUAUAAAAUUAUUAGAUAAGAUGAAACCAGACGACAUAGCUCCAAGAAUGAAUAAUCUGAACUCAUCACAAGCUGCAAAUUUUGUUAGAUUUGUCACAUUGCCAGUUCCAUUAUUAAAAUUCAUUCAAAACAACCUUGGUAAUGACACUACGAUUUCAUUAUACUGCAUAAGAGUAUUAGUAAAAAUGCUACAAACAUUGAAGGGAUACAUGGAUAUUAUGAGCACAGAGGAGUCCUUGACACGAAUAUUGGAUUUAAAAAAUAAAUUAGAUUAUUUUUUACCCAAGCAUUUGCCUCCUCCAACAGUGAUUGCUUCAUUGAUUCAACAUAUUGUUACUAAUAACAUUGCGUCUGAAGAGAAAUCCAAUGACUAUAAACUUCCUAAAGUUGAAACAACUGAGUCAUUGCUACUUCUCACAGAUCUUUUGUUGUUGUAUAAUGACAUUCAUCCAUCAUUUUUCGAAAUUUUAGAAGGGAAUAUCGACAUGAAACAGAUUUUGAACUUCUCCUCGUCUUUAGAAGAAGGAAAUGUUGCACUUCUUAAGUUCAAAAUCGUGUCUUUAUGGUUAACAUUGGAUAGUUCUGUUAUAUCACAUAAUAAUCCCAUAUUCAAAGACUUGUUUAUCAUAAUGUUAGAGGUUUAUACAACUGAUGAAAAUGAGACAUGGGUGGAAGUUAAAAACACACUUUAUAAUUUCUUAAAAAAUACAUUAAUUUUUGAAGCUGAUGAAAAUGAAAUACAUAUAUUUCUAUAUUCUUUGCGCAAUUCUUUAACAAGCCCAAUAUCAUUAAUUGCUGAUAUUAUUGAAUAUGUCCUUACAAAUCUUAAGGAAUUGGCUCUUGAAGUAAAAACGCACACAGAAAAUAUUGAAAAUGUAAAUGAAAACAGUGAGAAAUAUCUAAAGAAAUUAUUUGAUGACUUAAUGGAAAACCGUAACACAGAAGAUAGUCUAUUUUUGGAUAGCAAAGCACCUUCUCCUAUUAUUUUAGGGUGUGUGCAAUAUGUUCAGAGCAACAAACUCAAACGGAAUUUAAAACAAUUUCUGUCUGUAUACAUAGCUAAUCUUUUUCAUAUUAAUUAUUCACCUGAGUUAACUGAGACUUUAAUUGGGGACUUGAAAUUGAAUACGCGGAGCUACGUUAUUGAUUGGCUCGUACAGCCGACAUCAUUGCCGGAAAGUAUAGUAGUUAAAGAUGAAACAUUAUUUAAUAUAUCAAAAUACGUUAUUGAUAAGGAAGAAUUACCACUGACACAAAUUUUUAAGGCACUUAAAGAUACUACGGAAGAAGAAGGAGACAUAGUUAUUGAUGACGUUGUUUACAAACUUGAUUUGUUUACUCAUAUCGAUAGUUCAGAGUUACAUGUUUGGGCUAACUACCUUUUAUUCUGUAUAAUACGUUUGACAAAUAUUGAAAAGUUAGAUAAGGAACAAAUACAGAAAAUAAGAAAUUGUUUCCUAUGUAUUAUUAACAUUGGUAAAAAAAGACAUAUGAUUGGUGAAUGUCGAGCAAUCCUGAUAUCACUGUUCAAAAAUCCCCAUCUAAUUAAAAUAUACCAACCGAUUAUGUUAAAAGAAAAUGCCAGCAUAUUAAUGGUUACAGAAUUUCUACUUGAAAUUAUGAUGUUGCAUGAUGACUUAAUAAAGUAUUUGAACAAGGAACAUAAAAUAUUGAAAUCAUUUCAACAAAAAAAUUAUGCUGAACUUAUGAAAGCUUUGAAUAAAAUCGAUAAAAGGAGAAACUUGGAUAGUAAACUUACGGUGAAGGUUUUAGACAUUAUCGGUAUGACAUAUGAGGAUGAUUUGCAGAUUUUCAAUAGGAUAUUUUCAUUGGAUGUAAAGUACUGUAUGAAAAAUGAUAAAGUACCGAGUUUUGUAUUAGAUGUCUUGCAAAUUUUGAUACAAAAAUAUUCAAAAUCUGUAAUGUUGGAUACUCCCGAACAUAUAAUAAGGAAAAGUGUAAAAUUGUAUACAGAACUAUUGACAAAUAAAGAUAUUAAUCCUAACCUUACAGAUUUAGAAUGUGCGUUGGCGCAACAUUUUGAAAAUAAGCCACAUCAUACUAUGUAUGUAAAUGAAGAGAUAUUUAAAAAAUUCUUCAGUGCAGUUUCCGUACAAAAGUCUACGUCCCAUCUUGCUUCAAUACUAAUAAAGCAUAAUUUGAGAUUAUGUAACAUAUUCAAAAGCCAAGUUAGCCGUCCGGAAAUCUUAUCUCAGAGAGAAUUGACCUUGCCUCUAGGAAAUGCGGUUAUGGGUAACAAACAAUUUCUUACAGAUAAUAUAGAGUUGUUUAAUCUUAUAUUUCAAGAAUAUAAAACAAACAUUAAUAAAAUAUUAGAAAAGCCUCAUAAAGCUGGACAGAUAUACAUUGCUUGCUCCGACUUCAUUAAAAAAUUAAUAGUGGAAUGUAUGGAUACAAAAGAAUGUCAGAAACAUUUCGGUAAAACUCAAAAGUACGAAGUAGUUGAACUUCCUCAUGUUAAUUUACUGCAGGCAAUUUUUCUGAAAAUGUGUUUAAAUGAGAUGUACCAUAAAAAAGAAUAUCUGGUUAACUAUAUUUCAUCCAUGCUUCACUUAAUCUCAUUGGCUUUGAAAGAUAACAAAGAAACAGAAACUGUAAUUGAAUUAGUACUAAGUAUAAACGAUGUCAUAUAUGUCUGUGAAUCCAUAGAAGCAUUUAAAUUGGAGCAAAAAGAAGAUUUCAACAAAGUUACUGAGAGUGCAGUAUGGCAGAAUUUUUGUAAAUAUGUCUUAAAAGAUUCGUUAAAAGUAAAAACUGCACCACAAACUAGUACAGCUGGUCCUCAUCUAUUAUAUUUGCUGACGAAACUAGUCAAGUUGUUUUAUACAACUGAGCACGAGGAUAUCGUGACACUAUUCGAUAUGGUGACAUCUCAUUCCGAAUUUCUAAAUGUGAUGUUGAGUCAUCACAGUCCUGAUAUAAAAUCGAGGCUAUUAGAAUUCUUGCAUACUUUGAUACAGUUGAAUAAAUCGGUCAUGAAAUCGCAGCAAAUCCCCGUGUAUUUAAGUUCGUAUCACGCGACACGUAGUCCAUGCGACAGAUUAGUUUUAUCCAUUCUACAUUUUUACGAAAGCAACGGUCAGCCUGUGAACGAAUACAAACCUUACGUUUUUGGAGAUUCAGCUGCAAAUCAUUACGCUGUUCGUAAGAGCAGAACGUCUUCUCUAUGGGGACAUCCCACCCCUAAUCGAGUUUUGAACUUGUUCGAAAGAGAUGUAGUAGACAAUACUGUGAGGAAUUUCCCCGUGACACAAAAACUUGAAUAUCAUUACGAAUUGGCUGCUAUCGACUGGUGUUCUUUAAAGGAAGCUUUCAAUAACAUGGCUCGGGAGAAUAUGUUUAAAGUGAAAGUAGCGAAAGAUAACGAGACUGCGAUCAAAAGUUUAUUGUCGAAGGCAAAGUAUGAGAAAGCGCUUGGUGUGGAUGGAGAUGUGGUGGGUUUAUCGCAGUUGGAUGAGGACUGCGGUGUCUACGAUCCAGUGUUCCUAUUCCCGUUGUUGGGUCACCUGCUGGCGCCGGGGUCGGUGGCGUCGUGCUUCAAGCUGCUGCGCACGGGGCUUCUGUCCGUGCCAGUGAUGGCGCUGAGCUCACAGUGCCCGAUGAUGAGGGCGUCCGCGUACCACGUGCUGCAUCGGUUCUGUUUGCUGCUUGAAACUGAAACGAGACAUAAAAACGACAAAUUUCUUCUCACCGAUUUCAUCAACACACUCCGACAGAGCUUGAGUACCGCUAUCGAUAAUUCAUCAAAUGGGAACGGUGGAUCGAACAACCCAAAAAAUCCGCGAAUACCAGCGAUAGACGCUUUGUACCUCGCAAGAGCUCUAACGGUGUCAACGGCUUCUGCCCAUCCGCUUUAUAAAUCUGUGAACAACUUCUUUAUAGCUAAGCAAGCGGUGGAUUUAACCGUAGUCCCAGAUUUCCUAACGCUAUUUCAUGAUAGCGACGUAGAAGCCGUAGAUAGACGUCUUUGGAUACUGGACAUUAUCAGAGAUGGAACUAAAACAAUGAUGGAUAUCAACGUUGUGUUCAAAACCAUGUGCUUGAAAAUGAUCAUGGACUUCUACUCCUCAGUUCUGUGUGAUAGAAAAGUGAAGGAGAAAAUAUUGAGCGCCAUUAAUUCUGUGAUCGCGGUUCCCAGAGCAUCUGAGAUACUUCUAGAAGGAUACGGUCUUAUGUCUUGGUUGCACGCAAUUGUGAGGCAAAUCGGAAAGGAUGAUAAAAUUUUAGUGAACGCCCUACUUAAUAUUAUAGAAAACAUGAUUUAUAGUGUUAAAAUUAAUUCUUAUUCAAAGCAUUUAGCUCUUCCCAAAAACGGUAGUAGAUUAGGAGAAUUCAAAAUUAAUAAAGAUGUAGAAAACGAAUUACUAAUAAUAUUAUACGAUCUUUUACCACACACUCAUGGUUUAGAUGCUGAUGACAUGGUUAACUAUAUAAGAAAAUAUAAUCUGUUUUCUAAAAGAGCUAUUAAAUGUUUGACGAAAAGACAAUGUUUAACAUUGGUCGCAAAAAUGGGGUCCCUAGUUGAGGACAGUGAAACUGUAAAAAUAAUGACAGAUUCAAUUAUAUUGAAUGAUUGUAAUAUUCUCAAAAGUAAAUGUAUUUCUUUAAGGUUAAAACAAAACGAUCGGAUAUUAGAAGAGUUAUUGGUGCUGACUAGAACCUAUAUUGUUUAAUAAAUUAGGAGAGAAUAAUGUGUAAAUGUAAUUAUUUGAAUGUUAAUGAAAUAUAAAUAUGUAAGUUUGUGCUUUCUGUUAAGAAUGCAUAAUUAAAAGAAUAAGACUUGAA